UGCAGAUGAACCGGCCGAUCCAGGUGAAGCCCGCGGACAGCGAGAGCCGAGGAGGUAGUAGCUGCCUGCGCCAGCCCCCUUCACAAGAUAGAAAACUUUUCGUGGGCAUGCUCAACAAGCAGCAGUCCGAGGACGACGUGCGCCGUCUCUUCGAGGCCUUCGGGAACAUCGAAGAGUGCACCAUCCUGCGCGGCCCAGACGGCAACAGCAAGGGGUGCGCUUUUGUGAAGUACUCUUCCCACGCUGAGGCACAAGCCGCCAUCAACGCUCUACACGGCAGCCAGACGAUGCCGGGAGCCUCGUCCAGUCUCGUGGUCAAGUUCGCCGACACUGACAAGGAGCGCACGAUGCGGCGAAUGCAGCAGAUGGCCGGGCAGAUGGGCAUGUUCAACCCGAUGGCCAUCCCGUUCGGGGCCUAUGGCGCCUACGCACAAGCACUGAUGCAGCAGCAAGCGGCCCUUAUGGCAUCAGUGGCGCAGGGUGGCUACCUGAACCCCAUGGCUGCCUUCGCUGCCGCCCAGAUGCAGCAGAUGGCGGCCCUCAACAUGAACGGCCUUGCGGCCGCACCUAUGACCCCAACCUCAGGUGGCAGCACCCCACCGGGCAUCACUGCACCAGCUGUGCCUAGCAUCCCGUCCCCCAUUGGGGUGAACGGCUUCACUGGCCUUCCCCCACAGGCCAAUGGACAACCUGCCGCAGAAGCUGUGUUCGCCAAUGGCAUCCACCCCUACCCAGCGCAGAGCCCCACCGCCGCGGACCCCCUGCAGCAGGCCUACGCUGGAGUGCAGCAGUAUGCAGGUCCCGCCUACCCUGCUGCCUAUGGUCAGAUAAGCCAGGCCUUUCCUCAGCCUCCUCCAAUGAUUCCCCAGCAACAGAGAGAAGGGCCCGAGGGCUGUAACCUGUUCAUCUACCAUCUGCCCCAGGAGUUUGGGGACGCUGAGCUGAUGCAGAUGUUCCUCCCUUUCGGUAAUGUCAUCUCCUCGAAAGUGUUUGUGGAUCGGGCGACUAACCAAAGUAAAUGCUUUGGCUUCGUGAGCUUCGACAACCCGGCCAGCGCACAGACCGCCAUCCAGGCCAUGAACGGCUUUCAGAUCGGUAUGAAGAGGCUCAAGGUGCAGCUGAAGCGGCCCAAAGACGCCAAUCGCCCGUACUGAGCGCCGGCGGGAGCGUCCCCCGGGGGAGACCAGGAC